GAGCCAAGCGAUGAUACAUUCCUCCUUCUCAUCACCCUAACCCCUCCAAUCCCCCUUUCUACAGUCCCGCUUUCCGCAAACCUCCUCCCUCCCUCUACUCCUCGAACUCGGCAGCGGUUCCGGCGUUAUAGCUUCCUUCCUCACAACGCACUCUACCGCACUCUUUGGUCACAACUCAAUUACGACCCUGUCUGCAGAAAUUUCUCCGCAUGCUCCAAAGACUACGAAGCAGACUGUUACUGCCAGUCUCACCAAGGAGAGUGGAUACUUUCUCGGGGCUAUAAGGACGGAUUUAGCGACGGGGUUGAGGUCAGGAGUGGCGGAUAUGCUGGUGUUUAACCCACCAUGUCCCCACAGAGGUAGUAGAAGAUGGGGAUAGAGAGGAGGGGUGGAUUGGAGUUGCGUGUGGUGGGGGUGUUGAUAGGAUAGAGGUUACAAAUCGGGUAUUGGAGGGGUUGAAUGAGUACCUGAGUGAAUGUAGAGUAGUGUAAAUAUUGCUCUGUGAGGGAAAUAAGCCCAAGGUGGUUGCGGAGUGAUUGGAAAUGGUGAGUAUAAUGGUGUUAAAUAGGCUGUAGAGAAGGUAGGCACCUCUGGGAGGAAGGGUGGUUGGGAAGUU